AUGGUGAUCAAAGUCUUUGUAGCGACAUCUUCAGGGUCUACAGCGAUUAAAAAGAAACAGCAAGAAGUAGUGGGCUUUUUAGAGGCCAACAAGAUUGACUUUCAGCAAAUGGACAUAGCAGGAGAUGAAGACAACAGGAAAUGGAUGAGAGAAAAUGUCCCAGGUGAAAAAAAGCCUCAAAAUGGAAUUCCCCUCCCUCCACAGAUCUUCAAUGAGGAGCAGUACUGUGGGGAUUUUGAAUCUUUUUUCUCUGCUAAAGAAGAAAAUAUUAUUUAUUCGUUCCUGGGUCUUGCUCCUCCUCCAGGCACAAAGGAGUCUGAAAAAUCUGAGGCCAUGGGGGAAACUGAGGCACACCCAGAAGACAAGGCAGAUGAAGGAACUAAUGAAGAGGCUCAGUCUGCUCAGUCACCAUCAGAAGAUCAGCAGGAAAACAAGGAAGAACAUACAGCAUCAGAGGUAAAGGAGAAGAAAAGCAGGAAGAGGGAGAAGAAAAUCAGGAAGAAGGAGAAGAAAAGCAGGAAGAGGGAGAAGAAAAGGAAGAGGUGAAGGAAGAAGAAGAGUCUUAGUACACUCCUCUACUACACAUUCUUUCUUGAGCAGGUUUUCAGCUCCGACUGCAGAUAUGCCCCUGGGCGGGGCACCGUGCCCGCCCAAGGAUGCACCCUUGGACCCGGCGUCACCGAUUUCCCGCCGCCCGCGGGCGCCGGGCUGGGAGAGUCGGGUAAGAGGGGAUGCGGGUGCAACUCGGCUGGGAACGCCGGGAUCCAAGUCCGGACCUCCCCGUCGGGGAAGUCGCUCCCCGCGCUCCGAGCAGCCCCACGGCGCUGUGGGGUUCGGCCGGGGGCUCUGGAUGGCAAAGCCCACCCGUUGGUAAAGCGGGCAGGGAGGUGCAUCGGGCUAUUCGGCAUGAGGGGCAGACCGAGGUGGCGCUAA